AUGCCUCCCAAGGCCAAAUUAAACGUCCACAACUUUCCUCGUCCCCCACUACUCGAACGGACCCCGAGGCACCUCGUCAUCAAAUGGAAUAACAAAGUGAUCGCUGACACGACAGAAGGGUACUGGGCACUGGAGACCACCCAUCCUCCGACCUACUACCUCCCUCGAUCCUCUUUAUCCCCCUUCAUCUCCUUGACCCAAAUCCCAAACAAGACCUCUUUAUGUGAAUGGAAGGGCAGAGCCACAUACUGGACUUUGAAGCUCGACGACACGAAUGAGGAAGUCAAGGGCAAGAUAUGGAGUUAUGAGUCUCCUACUCCGUCAUUCAAGGAUAUCAAGGGCUAUCUAUCAUUUUAUGCAUCCGGCGUCCCAUGGGAGUGCUUUGUGGAUGACGAGAAGGUUGUUCCUCAGCCCGGAGACUUCUACGGUGGAUGGUCUACCAUUGUCGCGCCACUUGUCUCCGCGCAGAGCGUGGCAGACCUUCCAGCCUGUGCACAACAAUCCGGACUUGCAGCGAUCCAAGCUUCUGGCUGUGCAAUCACGGACUUUGCAUGUAUCUGUGCAAAUCAAUCAGUAAUUGACGCACUGCGCGCUGCUAUCGCUUCAGGAUGUUCAGCCGACGACCAAACCUCUGCCAAUGCAUUUGCCAACACUCUUUGCGGAGCCGCUGGUGGAUCUUCAAUAGAAAUGACUCCUGCCGCCACAACUGCCAUGCCAGAAACGAGCACCAUGCCGGCAGAUAUGCACACCAUGGCAGAGAGCAGUAUGCCAGAGAGUAUGAUGUCGUCCAUGAGCAGUGAUUCCGUCGCAUAUACGGCAUAUUCUGGAACCAGCACUUCCACUACCAGCAUGAUGAACACGACCAUGCCGACACCAUCUAGUACGGCACACAUGAACAUGAGCCACUCUUCUACCAGUAUGGACAUGUCAAUGUCGACGUCAACGACUGCAUCGCCGUCACAGUACACUGGUGGGGCGGCUUCAGUAGCAUCAUCAAUGGAGCGCGACUGGAUACUUCCCGCUUUAGGAGUUGCUGGAAUUGUAGUGCUCGCUUUCUAG